AUGGCCUGUGCUCAUUCAAAUGCUUCAGACCUCCAACCGCCACGAAGUUCUGAAUCUGUGUACAGAGAGGACUGUACACAAUGCUUCGAUUCCAUUGACGACGAGUCUGGCCUGAAUGUAUGCCUUCAUUGCUUCAAUGGUGGCUGUAUUGGAGAUAGGGAUCAUGCGUUGCUUCAUUUCCGCCGAUUUGGUCAUUCACUAGCAUUGAAUAUUCGCAGAACCCCAAAGCAAGUCCAGAGAGACGAGCCCCCGCCGAAGAUUUCGAAACUUGCCAUUUCCGCCGAGACAGAGGAGGACAGAUAUGAUAUUGCGACAUCUGUGGUCUGCUAUUCAUGCAACCAACAAAAUGUGGAUAAGACGAGUGGGAAUCUACCGGCUGUAAUCAACGGAAUCAUGACCGCUAUGACGUUUUCGAAAAAAGAAGAGGUCAAAGCCUGGGAGCAAGAAUUUACCCCUUGUGAACACACCCUAUGCCUUGCUCAGCAAGAGGUUGAAAACGCAGAAUCCAAGGAUUCAAGCAAAUGCUCCAGCUGCGACUUGAAGGAGAAUUUAUGGAUUUGUCUAGAAUGCGGCAACAUAGGAUGUGGCCGAAGCCAGUUCGGUGGUACACAAGGGAACUCCCACGCUCUUGCCCAUGCAGACAGCUCGUCACAUGCUGUUGCUGUCAAAUUGGGAUCGAUCACUGCCGAGGGCUCCGCAGAUAUCUAUUGCUACACAUGCAAUGAAGAACGCAUAGACCCUGAACUUGCAAAUCAUCUCGCACACUGGGGCAUCUUUUUGGCUGGGCGCGAGAAAACAGAGAAGAGCCUGAUGGAAAUGCAAGUGGAGCAUAACCUCCAGUGGGAGUUCUCCAUGACCACUGAAGACGGUCGCGAAUUAACCCCAGUCUUUGGACCUGGACUUACGGGACUGGCCAAUCUGGGAAAUAGCUGUUACUUGUCUAGUAUCAUGCAGUGCAUCUUUUCUGUGGCAGGGUUCCAAAAUCGGUAUUACCGUCCCCUUGAAGAGCCACCGUUAUGUCAGACACCCGGUCAAGAUCUUGAAACCCAACUCAGAAAACUGGCAGAUGGCUUAAUAUCUGGCCGUUAUUCGCGACCAGAUUCUCGCUUGCGAGCUGCGGCCAGCGAUGUAUCAGAUGUCGCUCAUCAAAAGGGACUGGCUCCGGCUAUGUUCAAAUAUCUGAUUGGCCAAGGGCAUGAGGAAUUUGCAACGAUGAGACAGCAGGAUGCAUUCGAAUUUCUCCUUCAUGUUUUCAAAUCUGUGAGCAUUUCGAAACAUCCAGACAAUGAAAUCAACCCUGUCCAUCACUUCCGAUUUGAAGUGGAACAACGGUUGCAGUGCUUAAGCUGUAAAAGGGUACGAUACAAGGUUGACGAGCAGGAUAACAUCUCGCUUGCGGUACCUGCGCGUCGCAUUCCAGAAAACCCGGAUCAGUUCGAGGCUGUCACUUUAUUAGAAUGUCUCGAUAUCUUUACCGGAGCAGAGAUUGUUGAGCUUAGCUGUCCUGGUUGUAAUAGUCGUGAGGGUUUUACUAAACGAACACUAUUCAAGACGUUACCUCAGGAGUUAGCGAUUAAUGCCCGUCGGUUUGCGCUGGUUAACUGGGUUCCUACCAAACUGGACAUCCCCCUGGUUGUGAGUGAUGGACCUGUGGACUUUGGACCUUAUUUAGCAGGUGAGCAUGAUAAAGAUGAGGAGCUACUGCCGGAGGUGGAAGAUGCACCACCAGCCUUCGAGCCUAAUUCAGGUAUCAUGGAUCAGCUGUUGGGCAUGGGCUUCCCAGCUACGAGAUGUGAAAAGGCUCUUUAUGCAACUGGUAAUUCUGACCCGGAAGCUGCCAUGAACUGGCUUUUUGCUCAUAUGGAGGAUCCCGACAUUGACGAGCCCCUGGUUCUGAAGAAAUCAGCUAGUGAACCAAUGGUCACUGAGCAGGACCAAGCAAAGAUUGCACAGUUAGGAGAGAUGGGGAUUGAGCCUGCUCGUGCUCAGAAGGCCCUCUCUGCAACUGACGGUGAUGUCAAUCGAGCUUUAGACUGGGUCUUCAGUCACCCCGAUGAUGAUGCAGCUCAAGAAAACAGCAAUGAGAACCAAAUCAAACAGGGGCCUUCCGGUUACAACACUUUACCAGCCCAGUACCAGUUACGAUCUGUUGUAUGCCAUAAGGGUACAUCAGUCCACGCAGGACAUUAUGUGGCCGUUAUCCGCAAGGCAUUACCAGAUCAAGCAGAUCAAUCCUGGGUUAUGUUUAAUGACGAGAAAGUGGUCAAGUUUGAGGACUUGGAGCCGAUGAAGAAUAGCGCCUAUGUUUACUUCUUCACUCGGGUUUUAUCCUGCGGUUCGGCUGAAAUUUCUCUAUCUUAG